UUCGUGUCCCGAUGGAUACCGGGGGGCGGGGUUAGGAGGAAGGACGACUCGAACCCUCGCGGCUGCGCUCGGUCCUCCAACCAUAGAGAGGUGCGGCUAGAGCGGCAGCGCGCGCGCCGCCAAACCACCCAGAGGGGCGGGCCAUAGAGCGGCUCCGCCCUCACGCUCCGCGCCCUCGCCCUCGGCGCCCCCGUGCGGGCGAGCGCGGCGGCGGCGGUUCCCAUGGAGAUGGAAGAUGGCGCCCAGGGACCGCCAUCGCUCCUCGGCUCCGCUGCAGGUCCUGCUCUUCCUCAACGGCUGGUACUGCGCCACAUAUUUUCUCCUGGAAGCGUUCGUGUUCGUGUACAAAGUGCUGCUCCUGCCCUAUCCCGUCUCCAACUUGGUGCUGGACGUGGUGCUGCUCCUCCUCUACCUCGGCAUUGAGGCCACACGCAUCUUCUUUGGCUCCAAGGGGAACCUGUGCCAGCGGAAGGUGCCGCUGUCCCUCAGCCUGGCACUUACAGUGCCGGCAGCUGCUCUGGCCGUGUACUACCUGCUGCUCCAGACAUAUUCCCUGCGCCUGGAAGCGUUCCUGAGUGCCAUCCUACUCCUCUUCUAUGGCCUGGAGCUGCUCCUGGGCUUCCUGGCACUCCUGUCCUUCUCCAGCACGGAUCCCUACUGAGGACACGGCCCAUGGACACAGGGGAGCAUCACCCGUGCCAGCUCCACUUCCCAGCCCCGGGAAGGGGGGGGAUCCCUCCUUUCCCACUGCCCAUUUCACCUGGUGCCACCUGGACACAUCCCUCCCACCUUUGUCGCUUCUAUGUGGACAUAUCCCUCCCAUUUUUCCUGCUUCCCACUUCACCAGGGACCUGCUGCCACAGAUUCAUCUCUCCCUUUUCCCACGUCCCACUUCACUCACUGCCCCCUGGACAUAUCCCUCCCACCUUUCCCACUCUUCAAUCCACUUGGACUCCUCAGAGCUUGAGCCAGCUCAAGGUAUGAAGAAUCCUUUUUUUUUUCUACGACCUUCCAGAAUAAUUCACUAUUUUCCAAUAAAUAUUUAUUUUUACUUGG